AUGUUUCCCUAUUUCCGUUUGUGUCCCUGCGUUCAGAUUUUCUGCCAGGGCAACGGGCUGACAGAAGACGACACGCACCUCGUUCUGGGCGGCUGGCGCGGCCUCUACGAGCGGAUCUUCGGCGCGAAUCUCGUCGGCUGCCCGCACUUCGAGCGCAUCGACCACAUAGAUACGGAGCGAAUCAAAUCUGCGCUUGACGACGACCCGUACCCGCCCUUCGAGGUGACGCGUCGAAUUUAUAAAGAGCGGCUGUUCACGUUAGGGGAGACGGAGGAGCAGCCUGGAGCAAGGUCCUAUUGGGCAUUGGAAGGGGGAGGCCUGGUUUUCCAUAGAGGGGGGUCGCAUAGACUAGUUCGGCAGGUGGUGAUUGGGAAGAAGGAUACUCUGCCGUGGUUACCCGGGACGAGGGGUGUAGAGGUGGAGAAGCACAGGGUAAGUUACCCUGGAGGGGGGUUGAGGACUGGUGGGGGUGAGUGUAGCGAGGGAGGCAGCAGUAUGGUGCUUUGUUCUUAUGGCGAGAGUUACAGCACCCUUCAGCAGUCUAUUGGGGUGAAGAGUUUCGGCUGCCCGUUUUUGGAUAGCUGCCCGCUGAUUGAGGUUUCAGCGUGGUGCUCUGCUCUGGAGACAGGUGAGGGGAGAGAAACCACGGGCAAUCAACACGUGGCAGGGGGUGAUAGCAGUAAUAACGGGGAUGCUGUUAAAGGGGGCAAUGUGAUGUUAGAGCGUGGUGAUGGUGGAGGUAAGGUUGGACACAGUCAGGUGAUGGCAACAGAGAGGCAGCGGGAGGGGUGGGUGCAAACACAUCAGCAGCAAGAACAGCAGCACCAGGGGGAGCAGGAAGUGGAGGAGGAGGAAGAGGAGGAAGAGGAGGGGGAAGAGGAGGAGGAAGAGGAGGGAGAGGAGGAAGAGGAAGAGGAGGAGGAAAAGGAGAAGGAGCAGGAAGAGGAGAUGGAGAGGGAGGAGAAGCAACCAGAAACAGAAAUAGCAGCCAGAAAAACAGCAGCCGCAGCCAGUUCAGAAUUCAGUUAG